GUCACUGUCUCCGUCAACAGCCAUAGCAUCAUUACUGCUCAUUGAUUCCACUUAGUGAGGGGAGCAAGUAAGCAUAGAGGCUUUAUCUUUACUACAUUGUCACUCCCAUCGGCACGACCACGCUCUUAAGGGCGACUCUGAACGAGCUGGGUUUACUGGUUUACCCCUUGACGCCAUAGUAUGCCUAAGCACUACAGCGCGUGCUGGCAUACUUGUCAUUCGCUCUGUCGACUAGAAUCGGGUAUUUGACAUCAGCAUGAACGGAUACGGAUCCGCAGCGAGUAUGGAAGAUGACCUGCAUCGAGGUCCAGAUCCCAACGAUCCACCACUCCCAUCCUACGAUACAUUGAUGGAAGCCGAAGGUCACAUUCCACCCCCACAACCUACCUCUUCCUCCGUCAGACCCCACAAUCGAACAGGAUCCGGUGGGGAUCGCGCGCCAUAUGCCCCCGUCGACUAUGGCAAUCCUUCUCACAUUGGUGGUCAGCAUUCUGCGUAUCCGGAUUAUCAAGGACAACGAUCACAUCAUCGUGCAUCAUCAGGGAGUAUGCCGGGAAUCGGACACCCAGGCACAGCUCGACGACCCAUCUCCGACCCGAAUGAUCUUGAUUUCUCCCAACUGUCUAUGACUUCAUCCAACACACCUCCCACUAUUCCUCGUCAAGCGAGCAUGAGCAGUGCUUACGCCCCUCGGCAACCGUUUCCACAACGACAAAGGACGGCGGAUUAUCCCGGAACAUUUGAUCCGGCCGCCAGUGUUUAUAGUCUUGAUACAGGCAUGUCGGCAUAUACUCCUGCAGGUCGACCCGGCGCUGGAGGACCUAGCAAUUGGGGAGACCCUUACGGCGGGCAAAGUGCUCCUUAUGCCUCGCAGCAGCCUGAUUUCUCCAAUCCUUAUUAUGCAGCUGCAAACGACUUUGUCGGACUUCCACCGACCGCAUCCUCUUCGUCCGGUGCGCCUUCGAGACAGAUGUCGACGGGAACACUUCAUAGGACCAACACGACAGCUUCCGCCAUUUCUUCCAGAUCGGCCGUCUCACUCGCUCGUCAGCCCACCGAAUCAGUCGGAGCGUCCAGUACGCGUCGCAGAGGAGUCCAGGCCGCUGUGGAUCUCAACAAGCCACCUUACACCAAGCAGUACGUCGAUGACUACAGGAGGCGCAUGAAGGAUGAUCCGGAUCCAGAGGCUCAAUUCGCUUUCUCGAAAUACCUCAUAGAGGCCGCUAAGAAAAUUGGCGAUGAGCUAGCGGAGCGCGAUCCAAAGCUAGGACGGAAGUACAGGGAUGCCCUAUUGCAAGAGUCUCUGAGGAACAUCAAAAAGCUCGCGGAAGGGAAGAUCCCCUAUGCUGAUGCUCAAUUUUUCCUUGCCAACCUCUACGGAACAGGUCAGCUAGGAUUACAAGUCGACCACGAGAAGGCGUACUACCUCUACCUCAUGGCAUCCAAGCUGAACCAUCCCGCAGCCACAUACCGUUCAGCUGUUUGCAACGAGAUCGGUGCAGGGACGAAGAAGGAUCCAGGCAGAGCCGUUUUGUUCUAUCGCAAAGCUGCCGCCUUGGGAGAUACUGCGGCAAUGUACAAAUUAUCAAUGAUUCUCCUUGGCGGCCUGCUUGGACAGCCUAGAAACCCUCGCGAAGCAAUCGUGUGGCUCACACGAGCAGCCUCGCAAGCGGACGAAGAUAAUCCUCACGCACUCCACGAGCUGGCGCUCCUGCAUGAACGACCGAAUAACGGAGGUGUUGUCCCUCACGACCCAAAUACCGCACGAGAGCUAUUUCUUCAAGCUGCUGGCCUGGGGUAUGCUCCCGCUCAAUUCAAACUCGGAGCGUGUCAUGAGUUCGGUCAUCUGGGUUGUCCAAUCGAUCCGAGAAAGAGCAUCGCGUGGUACACCCGCGCGGCUGAGAAAGGUGAUAGCGAGGCUGAACUUGCCUUGUCUGGAUGGUACUUGACGGGAAGUGAGGGGGUCUUGAAGCAGUCAGAUACCGAGGCAUAUUUGUGGGGACGAAAAGCCGCCAACAAGGGACUUGCAAAGGCUGAAUACGCCGUUGGAUACUACACGGAGACAGGUAUCGGCGUCAAACAAGACGUGGAAAGUGCCAAGAGAUGGUACAUGCGCGCCGCAGGUGAGCUAUGGCUUCCUCGGUGUGAAUGCUGAAGCUCAUGUCUUAACAGGCCAACAACACAAACGAGCG